GCACAUUACUACAGCAAACCACAAUGUAACACAAAGCUCCUGUUUCACAAAGUAUCGGGCCAACGCAGACUACUACCAGCAUUCCAGACCUGAGAAGAGUAAAUUCAUUAGGUUAUGUUGUAUAUAUUUUCAACAAACCUCUCGAGCCUCACCAUUUAUUUGCAACGCAUGAAUUAUCCUCAUCAAUCUAUACAUUUUAGACUGAGCUCAAUAUGGCCUCAGGAGGCAUGAGACAAUGUAUUCAGGAUAUCACUCCCUAUCUACUCUUCCUCAUAUUUAUCUCAACCCUUGGACCUUUACAAUUUGGCUUUCAUUUGUCUGAAUUGAAUGCUCCCCAAGAUGUUAUUACAUGCAAGAAACAAAGUCGUGUCGAAUCAACUGUUCGUACCGGACUUCCACAAUGUAUCCCUAUGACCGAAGCCGAAUUCGCCGCUCUUUCGUCUCUUUUUGUUCUAGGUGGAUUAUUGGGAGCAUUGGGAUGUGGCGCUGUGUCGACAAGUUAUGGGAGAUUGUUCGCCAUGAGAAUCACAAGCGUCUGUUUUAUACUGGGAUCGAUCUUGGAAAUCUUAGCUGGAACAGUUCCAAUGAUGUCUGUUGGCCGGUUCUUCUCAGGUAUUGGUGCUGGAGCAUCGACUGUCGUUGUGCCAAUCUACAUUUCAGAAGUUGCACCGCCUAAAGAAAGGGGAUUAUUUGGAUCGAUGACACAAAUUUCCACGAAUGUAGGAAUUCUACUUACUCAGGUUCUGGGUUAUUAUUUAAGUAAAGGGUCAAAGUGGAGAAUCAUACUCGCGGCUGGAGCUGGACUUGGACUUUUACAAGGGGUUGGGCUGUUGUUCAUUCCAGAAAGCCCAACAUGGCUUGCCGCACAUAAAGACACUCAAAAUGCCACGAGAACCCUCCAGCGAAUUAGAGGGCAUGGCUAUUCCAUCGAGGAAGAGAUUCAACAUUGGGAUAUUAAGCCAUCCGAAGAGGAAGAGGAACGCCUUUUACUUGACCCGGAACUGACCAGAAGAGAUUCUGUUGCUAGCAAGUCAUCAUCACAAAAAUCCAUUCCUAAUGUUGGAUUCUUUCAAGUCAUCAAAGAUCCUUUCUACCAGCCUGCAGUCAUUGCCGUCAUUGGUAUUAUGUUUUCUCAACAACUUUGUGGCAUCAACAGUAUUAUCAUGUAUUCCGUAUCACUCCUAUCUGGUCUUCUUCCCGUCUCUUCGUCCAUCAUUACAAUUCUUAUUUCGGUGGUAAAUCUUGUCGCAACUGUCGCAUGUGCUCCAUUAGCCGAUAAAAUUGGUCGAAAGGCAUGCCUCCUCCUUUCUAUAACUGGUAUGGGUACCAUGUCUCUGUUAUUGGCAUUAUCCCUUCGUUGGGAAAUCAAGAUUCUCUCUGCGAUCUCAGUCACCCUAUUCGUGACGUUUUUCGCCACAGGUCUUGGUCCUGUUCCUUUCAUGAUGGCAUCAGAGUUUGUGGGUCCAGAGGCUGUGGGUGCAACGCAAAGUGUAGGUUUGGCAGCCAAUUAUCUUGCUACUUUUCUAGUAGCCCAAUUCUUCCCCAUUAUCAACUCGAACUUGAACAAAGCUCUAGGAGGUGUGGGAUGGGCGUACUUUAUAUUUGCAGCUUUGGCAGUAUUCUGCGGAAUAUUUGUUAGUUGGAAAGUUCCUGAGACUAGAGGCAGAAAGGAUGCCGAUGAAGUUUGGGGAAGGCUGAGAAGAGUUGAUUGAAUUAGAGAAUGACAAGAUCUUACUGUGGGAUUCAUAUCACGAUAUUAAAUUUAGCUCGGCGUUAGGUGUUGAUCUUUUCUACCAUAUAUUCACAAUUCAUUAUCAAAUAGAAGCUUCAUUGCAUAGUCUGUGACAGACUUGUAAUCAUUCAUCAUUUAUUAUUCUCUGGCUUGUAUUUCCCUAUCAAUAUCUUUAAUCCUAAACCUACUGUCCAUGCUACA